AUGGCCUCGACGAACCAGAAGCUUUCCAUGCGCGGCGUGCUUGCCGGUCACGGCGGCUGGGUGACGUCCAUUGCGACGACGCCCGAGUCGAACGACAUGAUCCUCACCGGAUCCCGCGACAAGUCCGUCAUCGUGUGGGACCUUGUCCGCGAGGAGGGCCAGUACGGCCUUGCCAAGCGUGCCCUUACCGGCCACGACCACUUCAUCGAGGACGUCGUGAUUUCGUGCGACACCCAGUUCGCCCUCUCGUGCUCGUGGGACAAGACCCUGCGCCUUUGGGACCUUGCUGACGGCUCGACCGCCCGCCGCUUCAUUGACCACGACAAGGACGUCCUCUCCGUCGCCUUCUCCGCCGACAACCGCCAGAUUGUCUCGGCUGGCCGCGACAAGUCGAUCAAGCUGUGGAACACCCUCGGCCAGUGCAAGUACACCAUUGCCGACUCGGACGCCCACACCGACUGGGUCUCGUGCGUGCGCUUCUCGCCGAACCAGCAGACGCCCCUCAUCAUCUCCGGUGGCUGGGACAAGGUCGUCAAGGUCAACACCGUGACUGUCUCGCCCGAUGGCUCGCUCUGCGCCUCGGGUGGCAAGGACGGCACCGCCAUGCUCUGGGACCUCAACGAGGGCAAGCACCUCUACAAGCUCGACGCCGAGAACCCCAUCAACGCGCUCUGCUUCUCCCCGCAGCGCUACUGGCUCUGCGCCGCCACCGACGAGGGCAUCAAGAUCUGGGACCUCGAGUCGAAGUCGCUUGUCGACGAGCUCAAGCCCGAGCUUGACCUCGAGACCACCAAGGUCCCGUCGGUCCUCUCCCUCGCCUGGUCCGCCGACGGCAACACCCUCUUUGCCGGCUACACCGACAACGUCGUCCGUGUCUUGCUCCGGCUGCCUGGAGCUCUGGCGGCGGCCGUGGUCGUCAGCCUCGGCUUGCCGCAUCCCUCCUUUCUGGCGGUGGGCAAGGUCGAUGACGCCGAUCUGUUCAUGCGGAACAACGAGUACAUUCUGACGGGCUACCGACUCAAUGCUAACACCAUUCCACGCUGCAUCUCCUCGCUCGCCCGCCUCCACAACGAGACCGUCAAUGUGGCAUCGCACGCUGGCGGCGCGCUCCUCUUCCUCAUCCUCGCCGCCAUCGCCUCGCCAGCUGCCGUCUGGUCCGAUGCCCUUGCCUGGGCUGCCUUCUUUGUCGGCGUCGAGGCCGUCCUCCUCGGCUCAGCUACCAUGCACGCCCUCCACUGCCACUCGCCGGGCGUCAAUCACACCGUCUCGUGCCUCGACUACGCCGGCAUCGCCGCCUUUAUCGCAGGCGCCUCGGCUGCUGUCACGCACUUUGCCCUCGCUGACUUUGCCCGCCUCAAGGCCACGUACAUUGUCAUGAUCGUCGUCCUUGCCGCAGCCGUCACUGCCCUCUCCACCAUGCCGCGCUUCUGCACCCCGGCCUUUCGCCUCAUCCGCACCUUUACCUUUGUGGCGCUCACGGCGCUCACCGCCCUUCCGCUCGUCCAUCUCCGCCUGCUUACCGGACCGACCGCGCUUACUACUCUCAUCGCCGAGCAUCUCUCGUUCGAGUACGGUGUCUUCCUCGUCGGCGCCCUGCUCUACGGCUUCCGCCUGCCGGAGCGGCUGGCGCCGGGCGCAUUCGACAUUGUCGGCCACGGUCACCAGCUUCACCAUCUGUGCGUCGUCUACGGCGCAUACCUGCACUACGACCUGCUGCACGCACUCCAGGCCGCCCGGUCAUUCUAA